AUGACACACAAGACAUGGAAAAAACACAACACAAGACAAGAUACAAGGAUGUAAUUCAUAAAUAAGAAACCAAAAACCAGACACAAGAACACCACAAACAGGAGACAUGACACCGAGAUUGUAUUGCAUUGUCACACUCCUUCGUCCACCAUGGUACAAUUUUCUUUUAACUUCUACCUUCCUUCCUGUGAAUUGUUUGUUUUGCUGCCCCUAGGACGGCUUCACAAAUAUAACGACUUAAUUCAUCUACAUCUUGACUAACAUCAAACUUUUUCAUUUUCCUUAUGUCGUUUCUGGGCUGUCUUCAUCAAAGAUGUCGGCGUGUAGUAUGUUGAUAAAAAGAAUUAUGCGGAGGCAAGGCUGGGUGGAAUGAUAGAGCGAUCUUUAUUGAAAACAAAUCUCAAUGCCUGCGUCUGAACCAGAGGCGGCGGCUCCCUGGGGUCCUUGGAUCUAUGACCAAGUUCUACCCAAUACUUUGCCCUCUGCUCUAUCAGAAAUCUUAUCACCUUCGAUCUCGGAAAUCUACAAGAACCCAGGAUGUGUAAGAAACACAGAGACACUACACUAUCACCCCCAACAAGCUCAAGCGAAACAGUACCAAAGCACCUAGACUGAAUGAGUUGCAGACAACCAGCAACAAGUGGGACAACUCUCCCAACCCCCCUGCACAGAGCUCACAUCAGAGGAAGAACACAGAGAUCCAAAAAGAAAAGACAGAGACAGUCCAACCUCCACCAGAACCAGAAAUGCAAACUUUGGUAAGAGAACUGAAAACAGAGGUUGCUGAAAUGAAACGCAUGGUGCUUGCUUCCAUGAGUGCCAACAAACCACCGAACCCCAGCCAUGUGAUGAGGAACAACGGCACACGCAAAGGAUCAUGCAAAAGCUGCCAGGACAAAGGAGAGGAAUCAACCUGUAGCCACUGCUUCAAGUGUGGUCAGCCAGGCCACAUCUCCAGAGGAUGCAGGGCUCCGCGCCAGCUGCAGGGAAACGCCAGAGGGUUGCUGCAGAGGGACCAGCAGUGACCCAACCAACACCUCCAGAGUCCCGCCACUGCAGCUACUGCCUACAGGCCUACAACAUGAAACUCCACACCUGUGCAGGUUGUUCAUCCACAGCAUAUUGCUCCAGAGCAUGCCAGAAGAGCCACUGGCAGGAACACAAACCCCUGUGUAGAGCAAUAAAACUAGUAGAGGGACACAUAGAAGAAGUAGAGACACACAGAAACCAAUUUCCAGAUACAGGCCAAGUUGAUUAUCUCCCAGCAAAACAGGGUAAGGGGCUAAUAAAACUGAUAGGCAGACGGAAAAUGGUGAAAUGUACUUUUGAUAAUGUACCUGUGACAGCAUUGUGGGAUACGGGCGCUCAGGCAACAGUAAUAAACAACAGGUGGCGAGCUGAGCAUCUGCCUAACACCAUUAUCAGGGGUAUAGAUGAACUUUUGGGGCCAGAACCUCUGAGUGGACUUGCCGCAAAUCAAACAGAAAUUCCAUUCAUGGGAUGGAUACCAGUAGAGUUCCAACUAAGUGGGGUAGAGACUCUUAGUGCUAGCCUGCUAGUGCCAGUACUGGUUUCUAGUGACCCAAAUGUAGCUGAAGACCCGAUUAUUGGUUUCAAUGUGAUCGAGGAAGUGAUAAAUGAACAGCUGAGACAACAGCAGGGCUCGACAGCAAGUGGUUAUGUCACUGAAGUUGUGAGUGGUGCUUUUGACAUUGACUCUAAUGCUGCAGAAACCUUCAUACAGCUAAUGCAUACUCACCAAGAUAACACUGAUGGAACCAUAGUGAAAACAGGCAAGGACAAAGUUGUGUUACACCCAAAUGAAGUCACCCCAGUGCGAUGUCGCACACACACACAGACUGAGAAAGACACUGUCAUGCUGUUUAGUCCCAAAAUGAACACAAGUUUACCAGAAGGGUUACACAUCCGAGAAGCACUGUUUACUGUGAAAAGAGGUAACUCUGCCAUUGUCCCUGUCUCUGUGAUUAACACUUCAGCCCACAGUAUCACCCUAGGCCCUGUGUUUGCCUGUGAUACAUCGAGAGUGUGAAGGCCAUGUACCCAGCAGCUGUAGAACCAGUGGCACAUGAGCCGACAUCAGGAGCACCUGAGGAAGCCGCUGAGAAGAACACAGACUGCUCAGGUAUAAACCCCCCCACCACUGACUGUGAUGAGGCCUGGGAUCCGCCAGUGACACUGAACCACUUGUCAAGUGAGCAGCAGACCCUGGUAAGAGAAAUGCUGAGGGAGGAAUGUAAAGCUUUUGCCCGUGAUGAAAAUGAUGUAGGCUGUAUACCCUCACUCCGCAUGCAUAUCACCCUGAAAGACCAGACACCAGUUCAAAAGACUUACAUCAGUGUGCCCAAACCAUUACAUCAGG